AUGCAUCGCCCCGCGGAGGACCUCAGCGAUCCCGACCGCAACCUGGCCGAGUCAACGGGCCCGUCCGACACUCCCGAAUCCCUCGACCUCGACCUCAUCAACGAAGAACCCAAUGAGCUGCGCGUGCAUACCCCCCCUCCUCGACUCGCCGCCCGAUUCUAUCGCCCGACCACCAACCGUCGCAAGUCGUCCGCCGCCUCCUCUCGUCGCAACUCAGUCUCCUCCGCACACUCUCACCAGUCGCAACUGUCCGGCCGUCAUGGAGGGCCGCAGAGCAACUACAUCGCCCAGCACCUGCGCCGCGCAUCCAUCAUCGAGGACCGGAAGGCCAGGCUGGCCGAUAGGGCGGCGCACGCGGAGAAGGUGCGCCUGAGGGCGGCGGUCGCGAAGGCCGCGCCGCGGAGUACCACGAACAGCGAGGAGAGGGCCCUGGCCGCGCAACAUGCCCGAGAGAAGAACCUGGCGGAGAUUGUCGCGUCGUGCGCGGAGGAGGUCAAGCGGGCCAAGGGCAUUGCGGAGAGCAUGAAGGAGAAGAGAGAGGCGGAGGGCAAGAAGUUGAGGAAGGAGAUGGAGGAGAGACUUGCCGAGGCCGAGAAGAGGCGAGAGGAGAUCCUCAAUCGCGCGCAGUCUUCGAAGAGGGGGCGCUCUCUGAGUCAGCCGCGGAAGAGCCUCUCACCCCUGCCCUCGGUCUGUGAGUCGAUCAGCGAGGAGGUGGCGGCUUCGAGGAUCCAACAGCAGUGGAGGAUCCAUCGCAAAGCGAAGGCGCUGAGAGAAUUUGCGUCUCUGGGUCUCACGAUUGACAGCGUCCGUGAAACCUCGUUUGAGGACGUGGUUGAUCUACUGGCGCAGGAGAAAGUGCUGGUCAGCACUGCACAGAUCCUGCGGAUCUGCGGGCUCAAGGAGGGGGAGACGGGCUCCGUCAAUGAGAUGACGGCCGUACGCACUUUCCUGGGCGCGUUUCUCAUCCUCGGGCACCCAACUCAAGUCCUGAGCGGCAAGGUGGAUAUUCGAGAGCCAGAGCAGGUGGGGGGAUCGCCGUCCAUGAGGAGAGAUGAUCUAGCUAAUCCACAGUUACAGGAGCUGGUAGCCAAGGCUCGAGAUCUGCUGAUCUCUUUUGAGAAUGUUCUAUCACGACUGAACCCGGCAAACAGCUACACCCCACCUCCGGGGCAGCUCUUGACCCUGUCCGAGGUCUACGCGACCUUUUUCAACGCUUUCAUUGCGUGGAAAGCUAGAGACUCGACGACCUUGAUCGAUAUGAUGGUCCUGCAGUUCGUGGAGCUGGACUCCAUCUGGCAAUCCGUCAAGGACAGCACCGAGGAGGCGGUCACUGCUUCGUACCGAGAUGGCAUUCGCGAGAAUCAGCUGAAGCUCAUGGUGCGAAUCAAGAGGCUGGCUGGUGCUCAGCAAGGUAAGAAGUUGAUUACGGAUGCUAUCCGGGAAGCGCGAAAGGUCCGGGGAGUCAAGAAGCCCGUUGGAGAUUCGCGCCCUCGAGCCGCCGAGUCUGUCGAGCCAGAACAACCCGUCCUGGCCGAUCUUGCAGCGUCCGAGAAACUAGUCGAUUCGCACUUGCAGACUCUCACGCCACCAGCCACGCCCCGAAAGUAUCAAAGUCCGCAUGCCGACGAGCUUCGGAUUGCCCGACCUAUCCUUCCUCCGAACAGGAUUGUAACGCACGAGGUUGCGCUCAACCGGGAGUAUCGGAUUGACGAAGAUGCUCUCCAGGAGAGAAACGCGAUCAUGCAAGCAGUCUUUGACAAGAUGCGCCAGGAGGUGGCGUCAGGGAACAGCGAUAUCUGGAUCCUAGCCAUGGCAGAGAACAUCAGGACGCGACUUCAACAGCUUCUCAAAGAAGGGAAUUCCAUGCACAAGCUCAUAGGCGAGGCCCUCGACAACGAGGUCGUAGCUACAGAGCUCCAGGCGGGGUCUUUCUCCUACGAGAAAUUCUUUUCCUUUAUGGCUUCGCUGCUUCCUCGGCUCUGUGCCCCGUUCCGUGACGCAGAGAUCAGAGAGAUCGUCGAGGAGAAGAUGCAGAGCGGAGACGUGGUCGACCGUCUCCAGGCCUUGAUGCACGGCAUCGACCUGAUGCAACUCGAUUACGCCAACUUCAUGUUACAACAAGCAGCCCCGGCUCUGGUCAAGAACGCCGCCGAGUACGAGGCGUCGAUCUUUGGCCAGAUCCUGGAGCAGACUUCUAGUGACCUACCGGCCACCGAGAAAGCGUGGAGGGAAGCCCGGACGAAGGUGGUGGCCGAGCAUGCGCGAAGAGACCCCGAGAUGGUCCACUUGGCUCGAGCCCGCCCUACCCCUGAAAAGAUGUACAUACAGAUGCUUGUCGACGUCUUUACUACCCUCGACUACUCCAGCCCUAUCCCAGAGACUCUAGAGCUGGACUCUAAGCGGAUCACCCGGAUCCGAGGCGACAUCCUGCGUAUCGUCACCUGCGGUGCGAUCCUGCUCCAAUGCAAGAACAUGCUGAAGCGAGACGUCCGCAGCCAGUGGAAAACGGAAGCAAGCCGCAUCUUCUCCGUGCUCGAGAACGCCAAGGAGCCCGAACAGGCCCGUCACGGUAUCCAAGCGGCCCUCGAGUCCUCGCGCAGCAUGCCCGCCGCGACCAAGAACCACAUCAGGGAUCUCGUCCUCCGCAUCGUCACCACCUCGGCCGCCAUCUCCUCGGGGACCACGGAGCUCCGCGAUCCCGUGACGCGAUUGCUGAUGACGAGGCUGCGAGGCCACAUCUUGAGUCGGCUGGCGGCUCACACGGAGAAGGAGAGGGUCAAGAGCGCGAGUACCGCCAGUGAGAAGCUCGCGAGUCUCGGCCUGCCCGAGUUUGUGCACAAGGUCGGUGCGAUUGUGGAGGAGAUGGGGCGGGUGGGAGCACUGGAUCGGCAGAGUCACGGGGUGUGGUAUGAGGGGAUCGCUCAGCAGGUGGAGGAGGAAUCGGAGGCAGCGUAG